CAUAAUUUAUGUCUAUAGUACAUGUCACUUGACCGGGAAUUUUCAAUUUAUUUUUUCUGUGAGCAUUAAUUUUAGCAUUAUUUAACUGUUUUAUGAAGAUAACAAAUGUAUUAAAUGAAAAAUAAGUUAUUUAAAGAGACAUUUAUUUUAUUGUUCCACUCACUCAUUAUAUAAAAUAAAGUGACCAAUUGCUUGACAGAUAACCUAACAACGAGAAUUACAUCAAUACUGUAAAUAUUAUUUAUAUUGUAUCUCGAGUUUUUUAAGUGAAUAUGCAACUAUUAAUUCAAGCAAGUCCGUUGUUAGAUAAACUGAAGCAUUGGCGUCAAGCUAUAUCAUUUAAUGAAGUUAACUUGACAACUUCUCAAAAGGUUGUGUUAUGGAGCAUUGGAGUUGUGGGUACAAGUGCUGUUGUGGUGGGAGUACUGUCGAGGUAUUUGGCCAGACGCAGAGCAAAGCCAAUGCUGAAUCCCAGAAUCCAAAGAGCUAUCAACAAAAGAAUAUCUCGUAUGAGAAGUCCAAAUGGAGGUAUGGGGUCAGUUGCUAGCAGUGGAGGUCGAAGCAGUCCUCUUGGAUUUAGUGAAAGACUGUCAUUAGCAUCAGGAUCACUCGGGUCUGGAGCAGGAGAUGCAGCACCAUUGUCACCACAGCAGCUUGGUGUCAUGGGUAUGGAGGCACUGGAAACUAGUAUAAACUAUUGGGAGGACGCGCUGGCCGCGUUCUCGCUGGGCGCACGCGGCGGCGUGUCGGGCACGCUGGCGCUCACUUCACCUGAGGAAGCGGAGUUCUGUCGUGAAAUACAGGACCUCUUGCAAAACGCGUAUUUGUUACAGGAGCGUUGCGAGUUGCUAUUCCUCGACCAACGGUCGGUGCUGUUCCGGUCGGAGAGCGGCGGCGCGGAGCCGAGGCCGGGCCGCCGCUCGCGCCUGCUCUCCACGCACACCGGCUCCGAGCCCACGCGCCGCGACCACCACUCCAGCGCCGAGUCCUUCGCCUCGGCUGAAGACCAGGUUGCAGAUUUGAGGGAAUUUGAUGACUUCACAGAAAUACUUCCAGAAUUAGACAAUUUAGAAUUAUACCAAAUGGCAGUAAAACAGUUGGAAUCCGGUAUUUCUUGCAGAACGCUCCGCACAGAAGUGGUCCAAUGUUCGUCAGACAGCGAGUUUCUUUGCAAAUUGCACUGUCUGCGGCUGGCGCUGCGCCACGUGUUCCUCGACGCGGCCGCCUGGCGCUGGUUCGUGGACGCGGGCCGCCAGGUGCUCACUGACCUGCUCCUGUUCGCUGACAAGGAACCAAAGGAAUUCUUAGUGGCCUACGAAGAAAUGGUAACGUGGACGACAGAUGGCGCUAAUUGGCCUACAAUCGAAAAAGAACUCUUUAGUAAAGGUGUUAAGGCGCUGACGUUCUACGACGUGGUGCUGGACUACAUCCUGCUGGACGCGUUCGAGGACCUCGCGGCGCCGCCCUCCUCCGUGCUGGCCGUCGUGCGCAACCGCUGGCUCUCCGACGGCUUCAAGGAGAGCGCGCUCACAACGGCAGUGUGGUCCGUCAUAAAAGCGAAAAGAAGAUAUCUCCAAUAUCCUGACGGUUUUAUGGCGCACUUCUACUCGAUAUCGGAGCAUUUGCUUCCAGUUCUAGUGUGGGGCUUUCUCGGGCCCAGGGAGAGAUUACGAGACGUGUGCCAAGCCUUCCAAGCAGAAAUAGUAGGCUUCAUCACAGACCUGUUCAGCUUCCAGAAGUGCCGUUACACGAACGUCGAAGACCUCGCUGUAGAUAUAAUGCAACAUGCGAAAUCUAGAGCUGCCAACAUAACAGAUAAACUAGCCGAAAGAAAUUAACAUAUUUAUUUUAAGCUUAAGUGAAAUUUACUUCGUCGCAAAUAAACUGAUGCAGUGUCGAAUCUGAAAGAUUCUAGAAGCACAGAGCCCAAGUAAGAUAUAGCUUUUACAACCUAAAAAGUAAAAUUAAUGAUUGUUACUUAUAACCCAUUAAUGCUGUCGUUUACAAUGAGCAGACAUUCCGAACGCAUAUUUAUUGUUUUGAAAUCUAACAUGGUGUAUGUUUUUAUGAUAGUAUUAAAGUUGCAUGUAUUAUAUAUUAUAUUGCAUAUGUAUUUAGCUAUACACAAUUUGCCCGGCAAGCCUUAGAACAACUAACGAUAUGUAUAGUAUAGAUGUCUCCCUCUAUUCGUUCUACAUUAAGCAAAACCAAGCCUAUUUAAAAUUUCAAAAACAUUGAUAGCUGAAAUAUUAUUCCAAUCGAUAAACCAAUGUAUGUACGUAAAAAUAGAACUCGUGAUGCUUGGAAAACAUUUUUAAACCAAUAAGCAAUUGCAUUCCAUUUUAAAUUCGCAUAGGUAAUGUACGUACCUAUUUUGAUUUAAUAUAUGUACAAGAAUGUAUUUUUUUACUAUAGCCGUAAUUUCAAUUUUAAAUACGAUCAAUAAAUAAUAGUUACAUAAAUCGUUGUAUAGCCUAAUUAUGUAUUUAUUUUGUAAAUAUAUUUAAUGAUUUAA